AAAUUGUAAUAAUACCUAAAAUAUUUAUUGGUAUUUUUUUUUUGUCAAGUGGCGUAUUCCAAGCCCAAACCAGAGCCCCGUGGAACACACAAGCGCGCCACGUGUUUUCAGGAGCCACUCAUAACAGAAAAUCAUUGAAAACUACCCCUGCAUAUAUAUAUUUUUUCAAAUAAUUUUAUCAAAAUGACCCACUUAUAUUCAUGCGGUUCCCUCUUGUAAGAACGGUUAGUCGAUUGCUCUACACACAGUCGCGUCUCUUGCGCUUCUUUUUUUCUUUCACUCUCAAACCCUUCUUCUUCUCUUUUUCUUCUACAUCGGUACGCUUUUUCUCUUCGCUUCUCUCUCAUCAUCGCUUCCUUGUUGCAGUGUUCUUUAUUCGUAACGUUUUCAAUCAUUUGUUAUCUUUUUCGUCAUUGCGUCGUUUCAUCUGUUGUUCUUUAUUUCAUAUUUUUUUAUCGUAUCAUUCUAUUUUGCGUUUGUGGAUGUUCUUCCGCAGUUCUUUGUGUUCCGAUCAGACAAUAGAGUUGUUGUUGUUUGUUUGUUUAACAAGAUUUUAUUUUAUUUAUUUUUGUUUAGAAACGAAAAAUUAGAGAGAAAAUAAUUUAGGUCUGGCUGGUUUGAACUGGAUGAUCAUGUUGCAUACUAUAUUUUGUCGUGAUGGAAGCGAAUGUGCAUGUGCUUUGUUCUUCUUUUGAGCAUUGUCAUAUAGAUUGCUGCUUAGUUUUUAAGGACGAGUUUAUUGUGUGUCGAUCAUUGUGAUUUCAACUGUAGAGGUUGACAGUAAUGGUUGUCAUUUGAGCUUUCCAAAUACUGGUUGAUGUAUGAAGUUUUAAACGCUUUUGUUACGUCUGACUAUAUUUACACAACGCAGACACUGCUGUUUAUUUUCUAAUGUGACAGCGUAGUAUAGUAAAUAUAUCUCGUCAUGGGGUUGAACGAUAAGCAAAACAAUGCUGAUGGGAAAGACCCGGAUUUUGGAGCAAUCUUUAUGUCAAAUAGUGAGACUAAAAGAGAAUGCUUCGAAAGGGGACUAUUUGGCCUCCCAUCAACUGAAAUCCAGUUUGUAGAGCAGGUUAAAGCUGGAAUGAUUCUAUUCUUAUAUGAAUAUGAGAAGAGACAACUUCAUGGUGUGUUCAACGCUUCCUGUGAUGGAGGUAUCAAUAUUGUGCCUGGUGCAUUUGCGAAACUGGGGAAGCAAUUUCCUGCUCAGGUUAAGUUUGAUAUAAUUUGGUUCUGUAAGCCACUCCCAGAAAAAUUNUUUUUUUUUUCACAUCUUGAACGAUGCUAG